UGGCGUCACUAAGGUAACGAUUCGUCUAUUUCGGAAUCUAUUAUUCUUUUCGUUCGUGUGUCGUCUUCUCCGAAAGACGUAGAUUAAAGUAUUAAUUAAGAAUUUUGGUGCAAAUUAUUCAGAUCGAUAAAGAAAUCUAAUUAAAGGAAGUUAAGUUUGCCUUUUCAAAUGAAUCAUAUUCGUCGAGUUGUUCUGUACACAAAGAAUCUUCGCUAUUUUACCCAAUGUCAGUUUUCUUCUGAAAGUGCUAGUCAAUGCUUUUCUGAACCUUCAAGAAAAGAAAAUACACAGGAAGGGAAUGUUUCUAGAAAAAAAUAUCAAGAAAGAGAAAUUUGUUUAUUUGGACCAAAAGAUAUGCGUGCUCCUUUACCUGGAAAUAUUGGUGUUAUAACAUCAUUUCUGUUUGAAAAUAAUUCUGAAACAACAGAUGACAGGCAACUGACUAUUUUCUCACCAUCUGAUGUAUUGGAAUGUGUUGUUCAGGAAUGUCCUAGACUUCUUUGCCGAGAUUUUGCAGAUCUUUUUCCUGGUAGAGAGAUAGAAAAAGAAAAACUGACUGUAAUUACAUUAUGUCAAAAGACGAGACAUGAUAUGAGUACCUGGAGUGAAGAGAUAGAAUUAGAAAGAGAAGAAUUAAUUGGUUAUUUUAUAAAAGCUGCAGAAGAUAUAUGUGCAAAACUGAAUGAAGUCGGAUAUUGGGCAGAUUUUAUUGAUCCUUCAAGUGGAAGACCUUACUUAGGACCAUACACAAAUGCAACUAUGUUCGAGACUGACGAAAGAUACAGACAUUUCGGAUUCGUUAUCGAAGAUCUCGGUUGUUGCAAAGUAUUAUCACAUCAUCUGUGGGGCACUCAUGCAUUUGUUGGUUCUCUCUUUACCAAUGCACCUCUAAAUAGUCCAGAAAUUCAAGAAAUUAUAGAAAAACAUAAAUCUAGGAAGAUUUAUCCUUAAAAUUGUUGAGGGUUAAUUUUCUAAAAAUGGCAUUGUACAAUUCUGUAAGUUUCAGAAAUCCAAAAAAUUAUUACAUUAUCAGUUUUUGUUUUGUAAAUAAAUGAAAAAAUGACACACUACUUUUAUGUAAUAAAAUUUGGUACCAGUUUUUAGAAGUUAU